AUGCCUAGUCAGUCGCAGCACGGCAUGCCCAGUGUGACGGAAGGAUACGUGCCGUAUGAAAACCAAGGUGCCCGGCAGUCAAGUCUGUACAACAGGCCAUGGCACAUCGCCAAGGUUGCUAUUCGUGGCUGCAACAUCGCCUCUAGUGCCAUAAUCAUUGGCAUUACUGUCCACAGUUUGAUAUACCUGUAUUGGAGCCCCUACUUGCUCUGGUUCAGCGCGAUCCCGGCUGCCUUUGCCGUCUGCUGGGACGUGUCCGAGCUAAUCACCGUCUGCGCGAGAGGAGGCAGGAUAGGAAUUCACCCCGGUGCACACGUCGGCCUGCACUUGCUCUUCUGGCUUAUUUUCGCGACGGCAAUCGUCUGCGAAUCACUUAAUCUUUACUUUAUUGGUUACUACGGUGAUGGGUUCAUUGCCACGCAGCAGCACGUGGCGUUGGCGUUCACCUGUCUGUUGUUGAUCAACCACUUCACCCUCUUCGUCCGAGCCUGCAUCGAAACUCACCAACGCAACACCCGGCCUCCCAUCUACAUGGUCCCCGUCAACAUGCCGGCACCAAUGCAGCCCGCCGGAUCGUAUGCGCCCUCCCCGUUCCCGCCGCAGCAGGAGAAGGGGCAGAUGACUGGUGCGAAUGCCCCGACAGAUACGACGACACAGCCCGCGGCGGACGGGACGUACUACGGCCCCGGAAGCCGGGUUUGA